AAAAAAAAACAGAGUUGGUCGUCAAUCUUACUUCACAGAUUCAAUCCAUGGCGCUUAUCGGAUCCGGCUUAGCUAGUGAGGUAGGGUUACGUGUACUGCUUUCUCCACUUGGUUCCAACAUCGUUCUUCGUACAGCAUGCUGUUCUGUUGGGAUAGGGUUGCCUGUAUACUCAACAUUCAAGGCAAUUGAGAAUAGGGAUCAGAAUGAACAACAUAAAUGGCUUACUUACUGGGCAGCUUAUGGUUCUUUCAGCCUUGUUGAAGUGUUCACUGACAAACUCAUUUCUUGGUUUCCACUAUACUAUCAUGUGAAGUUUGCGUUCCUCGUCUGGCUUCAACUUCCCACCAUUGAUGGAGCGAAACAAAUAUAUAACAACCACCUUCGUCCUUUCCUGACACGUCACCAAGCUAGAUUGGAUCGACUUGUGGAUGGAGUAUAUGAGCAAAUGGUGAAGGUGAUUAGGUCACACCAAGGAGAGAUACGUUUUGUGCGAUCAAUGAUUGUCAGAAUCUUAGGAUCAGUCAAUGAAGUUGCAUCACCAACCCAACAACGACAAGGAGAAAUCCCAAUCCCUACUAGCACUGAACCAGACUCUGAAUCUGAUCAUGAAGACUAAUAGAACAACAAAUGUAUUCAUAACGUUGCAGCUUUUACAACCUUUAUGUCGAGUCACUAUUAUGUCAAGUAAAUCUCAAAUAACUUUAAGCAAAUAAGUGUUGAAAAAUCCCAAUAAUCCGUUAUAAGGUUCCAUGUGUUCCUAAGUGUGUUAAUCUGUUCUUCAUCAUCUUUAGAAGCAGCAGUAGCAUUCUUCUGCUCUAUAUUAGCUACACUUUU